CAAUACAUUUUUCCCAUGUCCACUACUACAGCAAAGAGCUUCACAUCUGUAUUCGUUUCUUUAGAAAUCUUGUUCUCAGGUCCAAUGGCAAUUUGAUUCGGCGUCUUGCCCUGGGGUCCGCACAUAACACGCCCUCUUCGACCAUGAGAGCGCGCAUCUCUACAAGUUCUGCAAUCUUGCAACAAUCUGUCUCAACAAAAUCCACAGCUUCCACUCAGACCGUUUGUCCAUGGUGUCUGACCAGAUCACAAUAUCCACAAGCUCCCCGCCGUUCGAGACGGCACUUUUCUACUUCCCAAAACAACCCGUCAGCAUGGGCAGCCGCCGUGGCCAAGAUCCAGAGCACCGUUGCCGACGUGCUCCCCUCCCGACCAGGGACACCGACCGGUAACAUCACCAUCGACCCGCUGAAGAUCGUGGCGAAAGAGUUGAAGUUCCUAAACAAGAACAUCCGGCAGCUCCUUGGGUCGGGACACCCCGUCCUUGCGACCGUUGCCAAAUACUACACCCAAAGCGAAGGCAAACAUGUCCGGCCGCUACUCGUCCUGCUCAUGUCCCAAGCGACAGCGUUCGCUGCAAAACAGUCUCACUACGACACUUCAAACCUCUCACGAAGUUCAGACUCCAUCGACACACCCAUAUCCUCACCGUCGAUCCUCUACGACAACAAUCCAGACCAGAUGGCACCUUCGUCCCCAUUGACGGACACAACCGAAUCCAGCGAGACCUUUGCCUUCCCCAACGAUGCCUCGAUCCUCCCCUCGCAACGCCGCCUCGCGGAAAUCACCGAACUCAUUCACACGGCCUCUUUGCUUCACGACGAUGUGAUUGACCAUUCCACAACCCGUCGAUCCGAACCCAGCGCAAACACAACCUUUGGCAAUAAAAUGGCCGUCCUGGCUGGAGAUUUCAUGCUGGGUCGCGCUUCUGUAGCGCUCGCCCGUCUCCGCGACCCGGAAGUCAUUGAGCUCCUGGCCACGGUCAUUGCAAACCUCGUGGAAGGCGAGUUCAUGCAACUCAAAAACACGGCGUCGGACGAAACAAAUCCCGAAUGGAGCGAGGAGUCGAUAACGUACUACCUUCAAAAAACAUAUCUCAAGUCCGCGAGUCUGAUAAGCAAGUCGUGUCGCGCCGCAGCUUUGUUGGGCCAGUGUGCCCCCAGUGUCGUCGAGGCGGCCUACAGUUACGGCAAGAAUCUGGGACUGGCGUUCCAAUUAGUGGAUGACAUGCUGGAUUAUACGAUUAGUGGAGCCGAACUGGGAAAACCAGCUGGGGCUGAUUUGGAACUGGGCCUGGCUACGGCGCCACUGUUGUUCGCAUGGAAGGACAGGCCAGAAUUAGGGCAGUUGGUUGGCAGGAAGUUUUCGGGUGAGGGGGAUGUUCAGAGGGCACGAGAGAUCGUCUCUCAGAGCGAUGGGUUGGAACAAACCCGAGCCCUGGCACAAGAGUAUGCGGACAAAGCGAUAGCGUCGAUCAGCAUGUUUCCUGCUGGUGAAGCCAAGGAUGGUCUGGAGGAGAUGUGUAUAAAAGUCAUGAAGCGGAGGAAAUGAGUCACCAUACUGUAGGCUGAGAGGCAAUGCGAAUGCAUAAUAUGUACAGGGGAUGGUUGGUGGAGCGCUUCAUUUGGGCAAUCUAUCAGAUGUAGCCUCCUCUCAUGCACUUCUACCAGUAUGUGCUGGGCUGAACUGCUAAGAAGUCUGGACUGGUCUGCUGCUCUUUGCUUUUCGUGAGCAUCGUAUGGAUGAACGUUCUUCCGUUCCGACAUACGCCUUGUUUGACUAAGCAGUAACUAUGCUCUUGAACAUCUCGU